GCUGAAAGGGCGGUCUGAUCGAAAUAUGGCGAAGAGCAAGGAUGACAUAACGUACGGGACGGCGCAGGCAAGGUUGUCUGAAGACGACGCCGUAAGGGUGAGCUACAAAGGCGGCGUUCCACUCGAAGGCGGCAAGAUUGCCGAUUCCGAGCCCAUUGAGCUCUUCUCCAGUGCUUACAACAUCCAAAAACAGCCCCGACGCGCAGAAGAGACUGCGGCCGACUCCCGACGACGGGAUGCUACGGCUGCGCCACCGUCGUCUGACAAGAAUCAAGCUGAUCAGCACCGUCAGGAUACGUUGCAACGUUGACACAAGGAAAUUGAGUGUCUGUUUGAAUUUGGUUCAAGGCCAUCCCAUGUUUUCUCUUUUCUAUUAGAUGUUUUCAAUCGUCAUGUGCUAGUAGCUACCUAGGCUGCUAGUCUUGCUCUGUUUAGUGUUUACAUCUCUUACAAUAAUUUACAAAUUUUAUACUUACUUUGUAUCCAAGUUUUUCCUCUAACGGUAUAAAUAAUGAAAACAAUAUUGAAAUAAAAGGAUGAAAUUUCAG